UGUGCCUGAUACUUUUUUCUAUGCGUCACUUCAAAACAUAGAAUGUUUAUAAUUAGUAAAAGCUUUCCCGAUCAAAAAAUAUAUCUGCGCAGACCAAAUAUUGAAUUCUUAAAUGAAAAAAAUAACUAAUACAAUAAUAAUUGGUACUGAUAACACUAUAUUGACAGUUUUCUAUUAAUUACAGCGCUACCAAUAGGCUGGGUUUAAGCAGGAAUUCACAUCACCUGAUUGACGUUAUAUGAUGAUAUUUAAUUAUUGGUGUUCAAGGUUUUGUUCUUGCUGGUAAAUAUCGCAGUAUACUACGAAGUUCGCUGAUCAGGAUCCUGAAAUAUAACAAGAAUUUCUAAUUCUGUUACCUUAAAGGUUUCUUGGACAAGUUAUGAUUAUUCUAAUGGCAUAACGAAAGGAUUGCUGAAAUUUGCAUGAGGAAAUUUCAAUACUUGGAAAACAAGUUUUAUUAAAAAGGCGAUAUUCAUGGAGGUGGUCAAAGAGUAUAAGGUUUUGAAACUAGUUUGAGAAUACUUAGGUAUGAUGUUGAAAACAAUGGACAUAAAAGCAAUUCUUGUGGUUGCGUUUGGUUGCAUGAUAUAUUUGGCAGAUGGGAAUGCAGAUCUCACUACACAAUCUGUUACUAACAAUCUGAUACCAUGUUCCCUACGACAAUUUACAUGUGAGAAUAAGGAAUGUAUAGCAAUGUCGUUUCUUUGUGAUGGUGAAAAAGACUGUGUUGAUGGCUCUGAUGAGGAUCCAGUGGUUUGCUCCAACUCUAAAAAUUCCACUUGUGCAGAUGAUGAGUUCAAAUGUGUUACCAAUGGAACCUGUGUGCCAAUUCAUUGGCAUUGUGAUGGAGAUAAAGACUGUAGUGAUGGUAGUGAUGAAGACGAGCAGGUUUGCCUAAAGAGGAGUUGUGGUCCAGAUCAAUUCACUUGCCGUUCGGGCUCUGGUGAAUGUGUUCCUCUAAUAUGGAUGUGUGAUGGUCAUAAGGAUUGUAAUGAUGGAAGUGACGAGUGGACUUGUAAUGAAACUUGUAGGUCGGAUGAAUUCACAUGUGCCAAUGGUGACUGCAUACAAAAAAAAUGGAUAUGUGAUUCUGUGGAUGAUUGCGGGGACGGGUCUGAUGAAAAUGAUUGUCCAUUAAGAACUUGCGAUCCUAAAACAGAGUUACAGUGUGAUGAAAGUCAUUGUAUUAAUUUAAAAUGGAAAUGUGAUGGUGAGAAAGAUUGUGUUGAUGGCAAAGAUGAGAUGAAUUGUACUGGCGAAAGUACAUUACGUAUUUGUGGUCAUGAUGAGUUUCAGUGCAGUGAUAAAAUAACCUGCAUUAAGAAAAAAUGGUUGUGUGAUGGUAGAAAAGACUGUUUGGAUGGAACAGAUGAAUCUUCAAAAAUUUGCCCAAAUAUCACAUGUCGCGCAGAUCAGUUUCAAUGUAGUGAUAAGACUUGCAUCAAUGGUCAUUUACAUUGUUCAGGUCAUCCAGAUUGUGUAGAUGGAAGUGAUGAACUAGAAUGUGAUUUGACAGUUACCAAAUGUAAUCCGAAAACCCAUUUUGAUUGUGGUGGUGGUAGUUGUAUUCCAUUAUCUCAAGUAUGUAAUAAUCAGCAAGAUUGCCCUAAAUGGGAAGAUGAACCCACAGAUAAAUGUGGUGUGAAUGAAUGCUUGAUCAACAAAGGGGGAUGCUCCCAGAUCUGUGUAGAUAUGCCGAUUGGCUUUCGUUGUGAAUGUAAAUCAGGCUAUAAAUUGGUUGAUAACACAACUUGUCGAGAUAUAAAUGAAUGUGAGUUACCAGGAAGCUGUUCACAAAUAUGCAUAAAUGAGAAUGGAAGUUUUAAAUGUGAUUGUGAGAAGGGCUAUCUACGAGAUCCAAGAAAUCUUACAAAAUGUAAGGCCAUAGAAGGUCACGCUUCUUUAUUAUUUGCAAGACGAAGAGACAUCCGUAAAAUAUCACUUGAUCAUCACGAAAUGACUAGUAUAGUAGAUGACACUAAUUCGGCAACAGCUUUGGAUUUUGUAUUUCGCACAGGAAUGAUUUUUUGGAGUGAUGUUACUGAUAAAAAGAUUUAUAAAGCUCCAAUUGAUGAAGGUAAUGAUCGAUCAGCUGUUAUUACCCAAGACAUCACUACAUGUGAUGGUUUGGCUGUAGAUUGGAUAUAUGAUCAUAUAUAUUGGACAGAUACAGGAAAAAAUAGUAUUGAAUUAGCCAAUUUUGAUGGAAAAAUGAGAAAAGUAUUGAUUCACGAUGAACUAGAUGAACCUAGAGCAAUUGCUCUGAAUCCAAUUGAUGGUUGGAUGUACUGGACAGAUUGGGGUCUCAAGCCCAAGAUUGAAAGAGCUGGUAUGGAUGGAUCCCAUCGUCAAACUAUAGUUUCUUAUGAUGUUAAGUGGCCAAAUGGUUUAACGUUGGAUUUGAUGAAGAAACGUAUUUAUUGGGUAGAUGCAAAAUUAAACAUCAUAUCAUCUUGCGAUUAUAAUGGAAAUAAUAGACGAAUCAUUUUAAAGACUGCAGAGUAUUUGAGACACCCAUUUUCUAUCACAACAUUUGAGGAUUGGGUCUAUUGGACUGACUGGGAUAAGGCUGCAGUAUUCAAAGCUAAUAAAUUCACAGGUCAAGAAGUCCAGUCGGUGACGUCCUCAUUGCAGGUUCAAAAUCCGAUGGUAAUCCAUGUUUAUCACCCAUAUCGACAACCAGAUGGUGAAAAUCACUGCCAAGCAGUCAAUGGUCACUGUUCACAUUUAUGCUUACCUGCUCCUCAGAUCAACAAACAUUCUCCUAAGAUCUCAUGUGCUUGUCCAGAGGGAUUGAGAAUGUUAUCAGAUAGCCUUACUUGUGUACAAGACGAAAUAUCUACUACUACAGAUCAUGAAAAAGUUACUAACAGAACGAUUCAAACAAACAAUUAUAUUCCGAAAAGUACCAAUAAGACUCAAGAACACAGUGCAGUACCUGAUAACUCUGGAGUUAUUGCUGGAAUUGUAAUAGCAAUCUCCUUGGUAGCUUUGACUAUUCUUGGUAUUAUUCUUUACUGCAUAUACAAACAUUAUGCAGAUAGAAAUAUAACGUCCAUGAAUUUCGAUAAUCCUGUUUAUCGAAAAACUACAGAAGAUCAAUUUUCCUUAGAGAAGGGUAAAUUUCAGCCAACGAGACCAUAUCUUAGUACAGUUGGGGAAGAAGCUCAACACCCCCUUACCAGUGCCAACACAAACGACCUUCCUUAUUAGUUCAUUUGUUACAAGAGUCCAAAUUUUUACCAAAAAGUAUUCUAGCAGUGAAUUUGAAGAUGAGUACAUCUUCAAUAUCUCUCUUAUAUAUAGCUUUUUUUGGAUAAGAUUUUUCUUCUAUGGUUGUUGCCAAAAAACGUACUAAGUGUGUAUCAAUUUUUAAGGAUAUACUGAAGCAUAUAUUUGUCAAUGUUUAAUUGUAUCAGGCUCAAGUUAAGAGUUUCAGCCCAAAGAAUUAACGUAGUAGUAGUUGUGAUUUUUAUAAUUUAUCUAAUUUAUUAUUGGUAGUUGAAGUUAAAAUUUAUUAUUUUGCAGCAAUAGUUGAAAAAAUUGUUUUAUUAUGCUUUCUCUGUGAUAUUUGAAAAUCCAGUGCAUGAAUAGAACUACAUUCAAUUAGUCAUUAAAUUACAUGUAUUUGAAAGUUUUCAAUCAAAAAUGUUGUUUUCCUCGAAAUAUUUAGUUUUUUGGUACCCAGUGGUUAUGGAUAAAAGUGUUAGUCAAUAAUCAGGAAAAUGAAAAAUGAACUUAUGUCUUUCUAAUAUUAAUUAGUUUUUCAGGUUCCUACAUUUCCAUUGAACUUGUUAUCUAGGAUAUUUUACUAUACUAAGUUUUUAUCACAAAAUAUAAGAAGCUCAAUCAUAUCUAAUGUGGUUAAGAUUUGUUAAUAAGAACUCUAUGGUAACUGUGAUUAUUGUUUAAGUCAAAUCAGUAAUUUAUAAACAUCAUUGUUGAAUUUUUAGAGCCAUUUAGUUGGCAAUUUGUUUUCAUUAAACUUAUUCUGACUUUUUUACAUAAUCAUUAGUGAUACACUAGUAUUAUUUUAAAGUUCUUGCCUAGGUAAAUGCCCUUUUCUUUUUAGUGUAUAUAAUAAUAAGUUAUCCACAUUUCAUGUACUUUCCCAAAUCAUUUUAUUUGUAAUGUGUGCAAAUACAUGUAAAAAAUGA